CAUCAUCGCCAGAAUUGGUGUCGACGAAGCUCCAUCUGCAGCUCUGAUGGACAGUCUGGCUCCUUGAUAUGGAUCCUUCAUCAUCCAUCGACGAAUUCCUGCUCUGAUGGACCUCCGAAUCCUGUGAUUUUCCCUUCUGUUUGGCCCGAGUUACUGCUGAGCUUCAGCUGAAGCUCUUCUUCUGCGAGGAGGGUAUGGAUGCUGCUGGUUACCAUACCACUUGGGCCAGGGACGAGGCAAGUGCGGCUCGAGAAUAAUCAGCGUGGAGCUGGAUCCACUCUUCGUCGCCCACGUUGGAUCCUGCUUUUCUGUUCACGCCAGGAAAUCCUCGAGCGCAGGAUCGCAGCAAAAAGAUAUACAUUCCUCCACGGGGACAGGAUGGCGGAUCUCAUCCACUGGAUCGCCAGAAUUCGGGGCGUCGAAAUAUCGAUCGAUCCAAUCUGAAUUUGCCCACAUUAGAAUGCGCUUGCUCUGUUUGGGGAGGCGGCCAAAGUGGGAGAAGGGCGGGAGACUCAAAGACGGAGAGACCUCGGCUGGCGGAUAGCUAGCACAGCAGGCAAUCUGUCUGAUUGGCCGAGUGCUCAUGUGCCCCAACAGCAGAACCACAAACACCAGAACAGGACAGUCGGAUCUGCAUUCGGUGCAAACCGAAUCCACAUGUGGUCGAGCAAUCCCCUGCUCGCUUGGUUGCCGGAACCAACAUGGCAUGCAAUUUCGAGUUUAUUUCCUCGUGCAUCCAUCCAUCCUGGUGCAAGAUGCGAGAUGCCCCGUCCCAUCUUUCCGAGAAUUUCUGAUGAUGGUGGUCGACUCACUCAGCAAUUACUCCUCUCCCUCUGACCAUGCACCCUCGCACCUCCGAUCUCGGUUUCCUCCCUCCCACUGGCGUGCUCAAACACGACUCUGCCCGAUCUAUCGAUCAAAUAUCAUCGAUAAAUCAUAAAUCAGAUCAGCAACAGGGGAGGGGAUGGUAAUGCACACCUCACCAUCUCCAUCAGCGAGAUCACAUCACAUCACAUCACAGCAAAGAUAUGGCAGAGUUAUGCACACGCACUCAUUCACUCCUCCACAGCGACAGAGGAGAAGGAUAUGAUAUUGUUUCGGCCUCUUGUGGCAGAUCAGCUGCACCUGAGGAGGGUCGUCGGUUAAGUCUGGAACAGACUCUGACUCUGAAAUAUCUCGAUCGAUUGCUCUUGUUCCUUCUUUGACCGAAGUCCGCAGCUGCAGGCACGAGCUGCAAAGGUUCGUUUUAAUGGAGGCAGAUUAGGGGGAGGGGGACGACUGAGUAAUUCAGUAAUUCAGUAAUUCAGCCAUGGAAGGAUGGCCCCAUCGAGCCGUACAGGAGGAAGAUGAUUCCCUUGUGGAUCUCAAUUUCUUAUCCGUGGUAAGGAAUGGCGAGGCAAGGGAAGGUGGAUAAAGCUGAUGUACUCGCAGGUUACGUGCCGAUUCGAGGACGGAGAAAAUCCAGGCCGAAUGAUUAUCAACAGAAGGAAAGGAAUGAAUGAGUUCUGAGCUCUGAGCAUGGCAGUUUCACGUCGUUGCUGGCAUGUCAUUAUUGAUGGAGGCCUUCCCUUCCCUUCCCUUCCCUUCCACUCUUGGCGAGCACCAGCUCGCUUGCUCCAUGGGAAGAUUCCUAUUUGCCUGAAUUGCAAUCGCCAGCGCCUCGGAAUUCGAGGGCCUGGCACCGCCUUCCUUCCUUCCUUCCUCGAGGAUGGACAGCUCGAAGCCAUUGCUGGUUGUCAAGCUCGCAGCUCUUAAAUUAGCUCCAUCGCUGCCAGUUUAGCAGUCCUCACCUCGGCACGAGACUGCUCCUCCCUCCUCUCAGUGUCAACUGUCGGCCCAAAUUAGAGACCCUCGAGGGAGACUUCAGAAAGUGCUCGUGAUAUGAAAGCUGAUCCCCAAAAAAAUUUUAGCCACCGAGUAAGAAAACAAAAAGGGUUGGAGUAGAAUCAAACUAAAUUGAUACUUGAAUGUUAUCUUAUCUUGUGAAUAAAAUAUCUGAACUUAACUG